CUCUCCCCGCCCCGCCUCCGCGUCUCUCGGCCCCUCCUGGGCCUCUCCCUGACAGGCCGGAAGGGCAGUCCUUCCCCACUGGGCUGCUGGCAGCGCCUGGAAGGCAGCGGCGGCGGCUCCGGGAGGCUGCGGUCUCGGCAUGGACACCCGGCUGGACCAGGAGACUGCGCGGUGGCUGCGAUGGGACAAGAAUCCUUUAACUUUGGAGUCAGUGAAACAACUAAUUGCAGAUGGGAAUAAAGAAGAACUAGAAAAAUGCUUUGGGGCCCGAAUGGAGUUCGGGACAGCUGGCCUUCGAGCCCCAAUGGGAGCAGGAAUUUCUCGUAUGAAUGGCUUGACCAUCAUCCAGACUACACAGGGAUUUUGCAGAUACCUGGAAAAACAAUUCAGUGACCUGAAGCAAAGAGGUGUUGUGAUUAGCUUCGAUGCUCGAGCUCAUCCACCAAGUGGAGGCAACAGCAGAAGAUUUGCCCGACUUGCUGCAACCAUAUUUGUUACCCAAGGGAUUCCUGUGUACCUCUUUUCGGAUAUAACCCCAACCCCCUUUGUGCCCUACACAGUGCUGCAUCUGAAACUCUGUGCUGGAAUCAUGAUAACUGCCUCCCAUAACCCAAAGCAAGAUAAUGGUUACAAGGUCUACUGGGACAAUGGAGCUCAGAUCACCUCUCCUCAUGACAAAGGGAUUUCUCAAGCUAUUGAAGAAAAUCUAGAGCCAUGGCCUCAAGCUUGGGAUGAUUCUUUACUUAAUGGCAGUCCACUGCUUCAUGACCCAAGUGCUUCCAUCAAUAAGAGCUACUUUGAAGACCUGAAAAAAUACUGUUUUCACAGGAGUGUGAACAGGGAGACCAAGGUGAAGUUUGUGCACACCUCUGUCCACGGCGUGGGUCAUGACUUUGUGCAGUCGGCUUUCAAGGCUUUUGACUUUGCUCCUCCUGAGGCUGUUCCUGAACAGAAAGAUCCCGAUCCUGAGUUCCCAACAGUGAAAUACCCGAAUCCUGAAGAGGGUAAAGGAGUCUUGACCUUAUCUUUUGCCUUGGCUGACAAAACCAAGGCCAGAAUCAUUUUAGCAAACGACCCGGAUGCUGAUAGACUCGCUGUGGCAGAAAAGCAGGACAGCGGUGAAUGGAGAGUGUUUUCAGGCAACGAGUUGGGGGCCCUCUUGGGCUGGUGGCUUUUUACUUCUUGGAAAGAAAAGAACCAAGAUCACAGUGCCCUCAAAGACAUAUACAUGUUGUCCAGCACGGUCUCCUCCAAAAUCUUGCGAGCCAUUGCCUUAAAGGAGGGCUUUCACUUUGAGGAAACACUAACUGGCUUUAAGUGGAUGGGAAACCGAGCCAGACAGCUAAUAGACCAGGGGAAGAAUGUCUUAUUUGCAUUUGAAGAAGCUAUCGGAUAUAUGUGCUGCCCUUUUGUUCUGGACAAAGAUGGGGUCAGUGCUGCUGUCAUAAGCGCAGAGUUGGCUAGCUUUCUAGCAACCAAGAAUUUGACUUUGUCUCAGCAGCUGAAGGCCAUCUAUGUUGAGUAUGGCUACCAUAUUACCAAAGCUUCAUAUUUUAUUUGCCAUGAUCAAGGCACCAUUAAACAAUUAUUUGAAAACCUUAGAAACUAUGAUGGGAAGAAUAAUUAUCCAAAAACUUGUGGCAGAUUUGCAAUUUCUGGUAUUAGAGACCUUACAACCGGCUAUGAUGAUAGCCAACCUGAUAAAAAAGCUGUUCUCCCUACUAGCAAAAGCAGCCAAAUGAUCACCUUUACCUUUGCUAAUGGGGGCGUGGCCACCAUGCGGACCAGCGGGACUGAACCCAAGAUCAAGUACUAUUCGGAACUGUGUGCCCCCCCUGGAAAUAGUGAUCCUGAGCAGCUGAAGAAGGAACUCAAUGAACUAGUCAGUGCUAUUGAGGAACAUUUUUUCCAGCCACAAAAGUACAACCUGCAACCAAAGGCAGAGUGAAAUAUAUCAACCAUGGGCGUAAUUACAAUCAAGCUACUGGUGAUUAAUUAAGCAAUGUUUUUGAGGACCAAAUGAUUUAAAUGGUCGCUCUAAGUAUUUAUAUUUUUUUAAUAGGCCUACAUUCCUCAUUGUUCUAUUUUUUUACCUUUAAGAUGAAUAAAGAUGGCCAAACCCAAGAAACCAAUUAAAUUUAAUUCCUAUUAAAAGGUUAAGCCUGAGCAUUUCCUGAAUUAAAAAAAUGAAGAUUUUAAAAAUAGCAAACUUUCAAAACUGUACUGUAAUUCAUAUGCUUUAAUUAGAAUAAAUAACAAAUGUGUCUUUUCUAUCAUUCUUUUUAUGAAUAAUUAAAAUCACCAGAAACCCUAUACAAUUACUAAAUUCUGGGCUGUCAUAUCAUAGGAUAACCACUUUUUAGGUAUAUGUAUAUUUACAUUUGUAUCACUUGCUUAUAAAGCAAAAUAUUUAAACAAAUUGAAUGUCCUGUUCAUGUUUAGGGAAAAACAGGAACCUAUAAAGUGGAGCAAAAGAUACUUUAAAAAGAGAAAAUUUUCCAUCUAAAACUUUUUAGUUGUAAUAAUCCAUCAUUGUACAGUGUUUACAUGCUAGGAAAAAACAGCCUUAUCAUCUUUGUUCAGUACACUAACAUUCAUUUUCUCUCUUUAAAUCUUGAAUUUAAAAAUUGGUUAUUUGAAACUGCAAAGUUCUUUAUUGCACAGUUGUUUGCUUUGGUACAAGUUAAUGUAAUUUUUGGGACUGAGGCACAAAGACUAUAAGCUUUAACUAUUUGCCUGACUUUGCUUUUUUUGCUUUGAUCAUAUGUAAUUAAAAUCUAAAACUAUUAGAUUUCCUUUUCAGGUUUAUAUUUAGCCUGUGCCUUCUAUUCUUCUCAUAACCAAUGGCCUUAAAACCAUCCAAAAUUACUCCCUUUGAGCCCCCAUGAGUCAGGACCAAGCCGUUCUUUAUAUACUUUGUAUAUUUCAUGUGGUUUUCUGUUUUUAAAACAAAUGAUUCCCCAUUAUUAUUAUGACUAACCUAAAUGCUUACUAAGUUUCAGAAUGAUGAAAAAUUACAAUCCUAUUGGCAUUUUUUUCUAAAGUAAAAGGGAAAAUGUUUUUAUGUCUUAGUGAUACAUAGUUUGUGCCCUAUCAGAACUUUUAAAUCUGUAAUAUUCGAUAUAUUCUGUCAGCUGCUUCAUUGUAGCUGUUAUGUAUUUUUGUUUUAUAGUGUUUUGUAGUCUCACACUGCACCCUAGAAAUAAAGUCUGUAUCCUCUCUACA